GUUUACAUGUCUGGAGAUACGACAACUCAAAUGUAUCGUCAUUUGUGAGCUACUGAAUUGGUUUUCAACAGAGGUCAUAAGGUCAUCGUGGCUGACAGGAAAUCAGAAUGAAUGGGUGUCAAAGGGUCAGUGUGGGUUUUCAUUAGUGGAAGCAAAAGUCAGACUGAGGUCACACGCCCUAACCUUAACCUAACGACUGUGGUAUUGAUGAUUUAGAGAGUGAGUCUCCACACGUCACUCUCCAAACUGACAGUCAGCGCGCUGAGAUUGACUCUUUAUGUUGAACACACCAAUCUGCAGCUGCCGCCCAUCUUACUCAAACACACCUCUUAUCUCCCUAAUCCUCAAUUAUGCUCCCUUCACCUCCGUAAAUAUGUCUCACCUCACCCUCACUGCCCUCACACUCCCAUGCAUGCCUCACACUUGGCAUAAUUUUUCAGCUAUUCAUCCACUAUGGCAAUGUUUCCUAACCUGGCACAUAUUUAACCUCAUAAAAAUUCCACAGAACAGAACAAAAAAAAAAGUCAAAACAUAUAUAAAUGUGAUAAAAUAUAACGAUUGUCUAGUUUCAAUUUACAUACAUUGACAUUUACAUUGACUGACUUGUAUGCUCUCUCGACACACUAUAGGAAACAGAAGGAGUUCCAAACAUAAAAUACAGAGGGACACGUCCACCUUAUCUCUUGUUCUUUGGUUGUCUUCUUCUUGCUGCUCCAUCUUUGGGCAACAGUGACCCCGUGGUUUUCAGUGGUACUGCAUCCGUAAGCUCUUGAAAAAUCCAAAUACCAAAUUACACAACUAACCAACGCGGAUGUUUCAACACUAAAGUAAACAUGGAGUCAGUCACUCCCUGUUUACUGUAGUGUUGAUCAUAAACUAAAUGGUAACCAGGCAGGUUACACAGACACGGGCUGAGACGAGUCCAUGUGGGUCUGAUGUUUUCUACCAGUCAUCACAUUCUUCAACAAAUUCCUCUUUCCACCUCAUGUCAACUGUAAACUCUCUCUCUCUCUCCCUCUCUCUCUGGCUCUCCCCCUUCCUCACUCUCUCUCUCUUCCUAUCUGACAUUUCGCAACUGAAAUAAGUUGGAAUUGUUGUAACUAUUGUAACUACGAACCACCUUCUUCAUUCUCACCUCAACUCUCGUUCUUUCGCCUGUUGGUGCAGCGCGUGUGCGUGGAUCGUGCGUGGAUCGCAGACCUUAGUGUCUGAGCUCACAAGCACUAACUGCUGUCGCUGCUGCUGCUGUUGCUGGUGUUGCUGGUGUUGCCGGUGUUGCUGGUGUUGCCGCUGCCGCCUGCGCGGUGGCUGCUGUGUAACCUUCUUACCAGAACGGAACCCGGUGAGCCAGAACCGACACUGGAGCCGCGGUUUACUCUGGAUACGAACGCGUCCACGCGCAGAGACAGGAGUGUGGAAGGAGUUGCGCGUGAUGGUGAUGGAGAGAAGCCGCUGCUGUUGCUGUUGCUGCUGCUGCUGCUGCUGCUGCAGAUGUUCUUCACUGUGAGGACGAGGAAAAGCCCUCAGUGAGACACCAGGAGCCCGCGGUUCUGAUCCUCCAAUCUGAGCUGACCUGAGAACCUCUCAACAAAUCCUGAAUUUGGAUCCAGACUGAAGAAGAAGCGCUGAGAAGAAUCCAAGAAGUACCUGAAGAGGAGCAGUGGAGACCUGAAGAGGAGCUGAGAAACAUCUGUAGAAACAUCAGGAGCAGUGAUGGAGAAAAAACGGAUCCUGUUCUUCCAGAAGGUUUUCCUGGUAACGUCGUGAUGUCCAGAGAUGGAGGGUACCCUGCAGCCGCAUCAUCAAUGAUGAUGAUCUCCAGAGACAUUUUAUCUCUGAGUACUUCAGAGGACUACAGCUUUUGAAGUUCUGCUCUGUUUUUCCAUUCUCCGAAAUGUGUCGCUCUGUGAAAGUGUUUCACUUGGUCCUUCUGCCCUCUGCUGGUGAAGGAAGUGAAUAAACCCCCUCAGUCCUGCCUUAAUCAGUCACAGUUUGGGCCCAGGAUGAGGGGAUCAUCACGGUCUCUCCUCGGUGGCUUCAGCACCACCACAUCUACUAUGGAGAUCGGAGGACAGAUGUCAUGGUUGAGCAAAGACCCUCUGGAGCUGAACAAGACUCUAGGAGGAGGAGGUGGAGCAGCAGCAGCAGCAGCAGCAGCCAUGGAUUCAGGAGUGGAGAACUUCACCCAGGAGUCCCUCACUAGGACAGUGAUCAGGGAGAAGAACUGGCCAGCUCUCCUGAUCCUCAUCAUCAUCGCUCUGACAGUGGGCGGGAACAUCCUGGUGAUUCUGGCCGUGUCCCUGGAAAAGAAGCUCCAGAAUGCAACCAACUUCUUUUUGAGGUCAUUGGCUGUAGCCGACAUGUUGGUGGGAAUCCUGGUCAUGCCUGUCUCCCUCCUGAACAUCCUUUAUGACUAUGUCUGGCCUUUGCCCAGUGCUCUGUGUCCCAUCUGGAUCUACCUGGACGUCCUGUUCUCCACCGCCUCCAUCAUGCACCUGUGUGCCAUCUCUUUGGACCGAUACGUGGCCAUCAGGAACCCAAUAGAGCACAGUCGCUUCAACUCCAGAACCAAAGCCAUGAUAAAGAUAGCAGCAGUAUGGACCAUCUCUAUAGGUGUCUCCAUGCCCAUCCCUGUCAUCGGUCUCCACAAUCAGGACAAAGUCUUUGUCAACGGCAGCUGUGUCCUCAACGAGGAGCGCUUCAUGCUGAUUGGCUCCUUCGUGGCUUUCUUCAUCCCACUGGUCAUCAUGGUGGUGACCUACUGCCUUACCAUACAGGUCCUCCAGAGGCAGGCCACCGUCUUCCUGUGCGAGAACAAGACUUCCCAGCAACCUUUAGAAACACCAGCGCCCACGAACAAACUGCAGCCUCCAGCACGGACCUUCGACACGCUCACUCUGCCAAACUCACAGGAUCCAAAGCCUUUUCCUCCUCAGAGCAGAAGAAACACCCUGAGUUUUAUUAAAGGGGCCGAGCCCAGUGUCCUGCUAAGCCCCUCCCCCUCCGAUAGUAUCAGCAUCAUUCCCAGCUCGGAGGCAGCUUCUCAGCUCAGCUCACCUGUCACAGGAUCGAGCCGAGGAGAUUCUUCUGGGCACGGACGACGAGGGAUGAUGCAGGCCAUCAAGAACGAAAGGCGGGCCUCCAAGGUUCUGGGAAUCGUUUUCUUCCUCUUCCUCAUCAUGUGGUGUCCCUUCUUCAUCACCAACGUCACCUUCGUCUUGUGUCGUAGCUCCUGUGACGAGUCCCUCCUCAAUGACCUUCUCAACGUUUUCGUGUGGGUUGGUUACAUCUCCUCUGGAGUCAACCCUCUGGUCUACACCCUCUUCAAUAAGACCUACAGGAACGCCUUCUCCAGCUACAUCAGAUGUCAGUACAGGAUCGGAGCCAACGUGGGUCAGGCCUGUAGAACCCUCCUGGUUCCCCCACCAUGUCCUUCACAUGCUAUGACUCCUCUGCUGACAGAAGCUGGGCCAAACAGAAAAGGAGGCGUGGACAGAAACAGCAACUGUCCUAAUGGCAGCCAGGAGGGCAACGGGCGUUUGACCGUAGACCCUGAGGAGACCACAGACGAUGAGACCCAGACUGGAGUCGUGUCUCUGAGUUUCUCCGAGUGUCAAAACAUUGGGACUCUGUCAGAGACGGAGAUGGAGACGGAGGUUGAGCAGGACGUGUCCCUCAGCAGCUACAGAGAAGACACCAGCAGUGUGUGAUGUCGGAGCUGCCGCCAGGCCUGGAACCAUCUGCAAAACUGGAUUUUGGUUCAGUACAAGUUCUCAUAUCUGGAAAAAGCUGGAACUUUUACAACUUAAGAGGAAAACUAUUUUUUGUUGUUGUUUUUAUAGAACAGAUAUAAGCAGAGUUUCUGAGGUGGAACCUGCUCUUCCAUCGCUGAGUGUGGAUUCCCAGAGACUCAGGUCAGAUCCAUUAGUGUGGACCUGAUGACAUCACAGAGGAGGAGUGGCCUUUGUGGAACCUUCAAACCAAACCACUCGUACAACAGUCAGAAGAAAAACAUUUAGACAACGCUUCCCUGUGCUUCCUGAGGGAGAAGGUCGAAGGUCGAAGGUCUCACGUGAGGAUCUGUGGUCACUGCAGAACUCGGUGUCACUUGGUGGUCGCAUGAAAUGAAACACUUUUCCUCUUUUAGUCUGUUCAAAAUCAAGAAUGUUUUUUUUUUAAUUUGUAAACUUUUUAAAAUGUUCUUUUUUAAAGAAGUAACAAAAAUAACUGACAAAAAAAAAUAUUUUUGUCAUCAUCACACCCAAAACGUUACAACUUGUCAGUCGUGUUCAAUUAAAUAUGGCUUCACUUUGGGAAAGCAAAAAGAAAAGUCACCCUUUCAUAUUAAGAGCAGAACUGUUUUAGAAAAAAUAGUAAAACUCGCCGUAGCCACAGAUGAAAUCAUUAUGCAAAAAGAGGAUGUUAUAGAAAUCAAUGUAAUUUCCAUUUUUAAAGUUUCUCUAUUUUAUUUAAUAGAAAUAGUUUGUAUAUAGGGCAGGGUCGAAAAUAUAUUUGUUCAAAGGCUGCUUCAUCAAAGUGGCUGUGGAACUGGGUUCUUGAAUGUAAGAAAAUGUCUUCCAUUAUUUUAUGCUUUAAAUCUGGAUUUGUAUUAAAUGUUUGGACUGUCUUUUUUACUUUUUUUUUUUUAACAGAAAUCUCCAGCCGUUAGGACUUUUCUUCUCAGUGAUGUCAAACCUAAAAGCUAAACCUUUCAAAUCCAAAGAGGGAAAGUAGAACAAAUAAAUAAAAAAAAACAAAUAUCUAUGUUUC